UAAUUUACUAAGUAGGUAAAAUAUAUGAUUAUGUAAAUGACAAUCAGUUACCAUUUCAAUAAGACAUCGAGUCAUUUUUUAAAUACUAGUUACUCACCACACCCAGUUUUUGUUGAACCUAAAGCUAAAUUUGCUCUAUGAAUUUAACAGAGUUUGACAGAAAUUAAAUGAAUGCAUAAACUUCUGAAUCAUGCAAGCCAUAGUGGACAGAGUAUAAAAUGUGGGAACCUCUUUCUGUUACUAUCACACAGUUAUCAGAUGAAGAUGAAUUUAUUAGAUAAGCACAUUUAUUUAAAUCUUGAUGAUGUUUAUUAAGAAGACUUUAAGCAUGAAAACUCAUAAUUAUUUAAAAUGUAAUUUAAGUGUAUACAUAGUGAAUAAAAUCACUUUGAAUGCUUUUUAGGUGUGAUAAUGCAUUAGAAAAGAAGUUUUUAAAACAUUUUUUUUAUUUUUGCAAUAUGGCUAAUAUCUACUUAGUGUUCAUUUCAAUGAUGAUUGUUACUCCGAGCAGUUAUUGCAUCACCAUGUUGGAGCCAGCUGAUAUUUUUAAGAUUCGAGGAUCUCCUGAAUUUAUUGACAAAACAAUGUUGAUCAAAGAGUUUAUUAAUAAUGCAGACACUCUCAUACUUGCAGCCCCAGAUGGGUUUGGUAAGUCCACAAAUUUAGACAUGAUCAGAGUGUUUCUUAGUAAAACUGUGGAUAAAAAACAAGCAGAAGAUGUUUUUAGGAAUACAGAAAUAUACAAAGAAGAGGCACUUUUAAAGGCACACUUUAAUAAUCAUCCAGUGAUUCAUUGUUCAUUUAAGCCUAAUUCUCCAGUAACCGAUUACGAGACGAUGCUAAUGGCUUUUCGUAAUGUUCUCCACCAGACUUUCCUUCAACACCAAUAUCUCACUGAUAGUCCACAUUUAACCAAAAAUGACCUCAAAGAAUUAAAAAGCUACACAGAUGAGGACAAAUAUAAGACUUUAAAACCCAUCCAGAUUUCAGUGGGAUUGUACGUACUAUCCCAAAUUCUUGAACGUCACCACGGGAAACAAGUAAUACUUCUCAUAGAUGAUUAUGACAGUGUAUUACUUGAUAGUAUAUUCACCAAGAGUUUAGAUAUUGCUGAAGUCUUUGGUUUUUACAAUGCCAUUCUCAGUGGAGUACUUCUCCAUAAUGAACAUGUCAACACUACGAUCUUGACAGGUACCACUUGUGUAUCCAUGAAGCCGCUGGUAGAUCUUGAAAAUUUACAGUGUGUAAAAUUUCUUCAGGAUGAGACCUUCAAACUUUUCUUUGGGCUAACCGAAACAGAAGUUGAUGAUCUAUUAGGGCGUGAUGCUUUCAAGAAAUUUCAGUUGCACCGGCAAGACAUUAAAAUGUGGUAUGAUGGUUACACAGAUCCUGACCUUUCUAUUCACAUCUAUAACACAAGGUCUGUCGUGAACUUCUUGAAGUCUGGUGAUUUAAAGAGCUAUUUGAACACCAUUAAAGGUGAAAAGGCUUUUAAAGUGUUGCUUGAAGAGAAAGUUACUAAGCAGCUGUUUAGAGAAUCUUCUCAAAAUGUUAUGAUCGUUGUGCGUCAUCUCACAGAAAUUGAUCAGUCCCACAUGGAGGGAUUGAAGAAUAUGAUAAUCCAUCAGAUCUGGAAUGAAGAUUUCUCUGACUUGUAUGUUCAUAUUUUAAUGGAGAAAGGUUACUUCACAUUUGACACACCUUGGGAGAGAUCAGGGUAUAAUUCCUCUCUUACUGUAAAGUUUCCCAAUAUUGAAGUCUGUGAAACAAUUCGUCAGAUAGUGCAUUCAGUCAUUGAGGAAGCAAAAAAGCACAGUUCUAAUCUAAUAGAUUAGCAGUUAUAAUAGUAAUGUAAACAUAGUGUAAAUAGUAUAUUGUGUGGAUGUAUCUGAUCUUACUUACAAUUAUUGGAGUAUACUAUGAAACAAUUCGUCAGAUAGUACAUUCAGUCAUUGAGGAAGCAAAAAAGCACAGUUCUAAUCUAAUAGAUUAGCAGUUAUAAUAGUAAUGUAAACAUAGUGUAAAUAGUAUAUUGUGUGGAUGUAUCUGAUCUUACUUACAAUUAUUGGAGUAUAUUAUUUUACAAAUGUGUUACUAAUAGCACUUUUCCAUUAUAAUUGUCUAAUAUAAAUAGUAUAAAAUAGUUAUUGUUGUGUAAAUUGCUUUUUUUUAAUUCUUAUAAAGUCUUAUGAAAUAUGAUAUUGUAUUAUAAUUUAAUAUUUGAAAUACUUAGCAUUGUUUUGUAAAAUCUAAAUGAAUUACAAGUAAAAAUUUUAAAUCAAUUUUGAUAUUUUUCAUAGUAUAUCAUAGAAAUCAAUAUAUCUCCAAUCAAACUUCCAGCAUUUAGCGUAUUAAAGCUGUUUAAUUAUUUGACUGAAACUAAUGUUGUUUUGCAUUGCUAUAUUUUUACACUGUACAGAAAAUAGGAUGGGGAUAGGAGAGGAAUUCAACUUUCAGUUGAACCCAUUCCCUCAACUGAGCUAGUUGGGCAGUUGACCUAACCCCACUCAACACCUUCAAUCAGAGGAGUCUUCCUUGAACUAGAAAUGUAAUUUGGACUUUCACAACUCUGUAAAUUAUUUACUUCAUUAUUAAAUAAAUUUUAUUCCUGCUGAGUAAUCCUCAGAACCUCCAAACAGUAAUUCAGAUGUAAAAAAAAAGAAUUUGAAAAAAGACCACUUAUGCUAGAAAUCAGUUAUUUUUAAAUUAGCAAAUGAUUUAAAGAAUUAAAAUAGCUUAAAGAAAUUCAAAUCAAAUUUAAAGGAGCAUUUAAUGAAAUUGACAUUAUAUUCACUUAAGAAGUAUUUAUGAGUUCCUUAAGUUACAACAUUUAAAUUUUAAUACAUUAUUAAAUCGUAAAUUUUAAUUCUAACAUAGUUUUAGUUUUUUAGUUAAAAAAAUGAUGCUAUUUCAUGUACCAUCUGAACACAGAUAAAUAAAGAGAAUUUUGAUUUGAUUUGAGA